AUGGACCUCGUCGCACUACAAGAAAUACGCUGGCUAGGUAGUGGUGUGCAGAAUAGGCGUGGCAGUAGCUACGACAUCUACUAUAGCUGCCACGACCGCCACCACAUGCUCGGCACGGGCUUCGCCGUAGGUCAACGCGCGAAGUCCGCAGUCAUUGAUUUCAAGGCUAUAAACGAUAGGCUAUGCUACCUGCGCAUGCGAGGCAAAUUUUAUAAUAUAAGCCUCAUUAACGUUCAUGCCCCUACCGAAGACAAAGACGAAGAGGAGAAGGACCUGUUCUACGGCCGCCUCGCGAAACUCUAUGAUAGUUGCCCCAGGUAUGACCUCAAAAUCAUCCUGGGGGACUUCAAUGCAAAAGUCAGUAGGGAGUCGAAGUACCGCCAGUACAUCGGAAGCCACAGUCUACACGAGCACAGUAACGAAAACGGUAGUAGAUUGGUCCAGUUCGCAGCAGCGAGCAAUCUGGUCGUCGGAAGUACCAAGUUUGCGCGACGGGACAUCCAUAAAACCACGAUCCUGCCUAGCGGCAACGGACAGAACAUAAGUAUAGCAAGUUUAGACAAUGUACCGUUGAUAGCGUUUGAUAGAGGUGAAGCAAGAAUUGAAGUGGGUAACAACUUUUAUAUUCAUCACUUUAAUGUGUCAGGCAUUCAACGCGAAAUAAAAAUACUAGCUAUGGAAUUUAGUUCCCUAAUUGAAACACAAUUCACAACGAUUAUCGAAGAAGAAUUUACGAACGCGUACGAAAUGUUAAAAAACACGUUCCCUAUACGAAGAACUAAAAGAUGGGAAACACUAGGUACGGUAUGGAAAUUUAUAGCAGGUACACCGGAUGCGAAUGACUUAAGAUUAAUAAAUUCUUCCAUCAAUGAACUCAUAGACAAUAACAAUGCACAAGUUAAAAUUAAUAAGGACCUCUCACAGCAGCUAACGGACACCUUAGAUCGUAUUCGAGUCACGUUGAGAUCCACUAGAGAUACCUCAGUAGAAUUUUUCUCUCUAAAUAUUCUGUUAAAUUUAAAAAUCCUGUCCGAAAAAUUAAGUUUAAUUACAGAUAGCAUUGUCUUAGCGAAGUUGGGAGUAACAAACCCUCGUAUUUUGAAUAGAAAAGAAAUGGAUAUGAUUGUAAGAGACGUACGAAAACAGAAUCUAACUAUUCAUACUACAACCGAGGCGCUUUCAUUUACAAACACGAAGAUAGCGACGGAUAAUAACGAAAUUCUGUUCAUAAUUAGCAGUCCGAAGCUAAGCAUAGAAUCAUACAAAAAAAUUCAAGUUUAUGCGGUUACGAAUAGAGAUAAGAAAAUACAUGUUCCACACUCCCUCUACCUAUCCUCCGGUAAGAAAGCAUUCAUGGUAACAACAUUGGAAAAAACGAUUUAUAAGACGGAAGACCUAGAGGAAGACAACUUGUCAUGUGUGCCAAAAAUCAUUUACGGCGGGAAUCCAGCAUGUAAUUUCUUCGUCGAUACCGCCGAAAAAGAGUUAAUCAACUUAGAUGCUACACACAUCCUAAUCAACUCGGCCGUUGAUUUCAUACUGGACUCCACAUGUGGAAUUGAAAGGAGGAACCUAACUGGAUCAUUUCUCGUCUCUUACACGUCGUGCGACGUUUAUUACAAUGGAGAGAGAAUUUCAACUAAUCGUACGGAGUUCCCGGGAUCGCCAUUGAACUUGCCAAUCUACGGCCUACGCAGCGAGAUGAAGCAGAUACGGCUGGAGACAGACAGCAUCACAUGGACGACAUGGUCGCUUCCAAGCCUAAUAGGUACGCCACUUCUGUGCAUCAUCAUCAUGUCAGUAUGCUACCUGAUUUGGAUUCGGAACAACAAGAAAACCGAAUUGAUCGUCAACACUCAUCAAUAUGGAUUCAAGUCCAAACGCUCCACCGUUACCAACCUGAUGUCUUUAGUACUCGAUCUGUACCCGAACAUGGUGGCUGGUGGGCAGGUCGAUGUUAUCUACACCGACUUUAAGGCAGCAUUUGACUGCUUGUCUUACUAG